AUGCCCGCACCGCAGGCGCAAGAGGGGUACAGUACACCCCCCACGCAACCGCAACAAAGCAGUGAUGCUACUUCUUCGCAUUCGAAACUGUCGAGGAGCAAGUCCGAUGUUAAUUCAGUCUCUGUGGCCUCUGAUGCUCCUUCACGCGAGCACUCUACUCGACACAAUCUUGUUUCGGACAAGGGUGGCGGACAAGAAGAAAAGGAGCGUAUCAAGGAAGCAGCACGGGCAAGCAAGGAACCGAAGAAGAACAAUUUUGUUGCCAAGGGUAAGCGCAAGGUAGAUGACCCUGUUACUGGUGGCGAAGUAAUUAUCCAAGACACUGCCGACUUUGAUAUCGAUCCUUCGACUUUGGAUUCACGCUACCGUGGGGGCUUCUCGACAAAGAAGCCCGUUUCUGCUAAAGCGUACGACGCCGAGUAUGUCAAUCCCAGCCCUGCUCGUCCCACUUCAAUUCUCCUGCAGCGAUUCCCUGAGCCCAUGAAAGCUGAAUCUUUGAAGGAGAUGAGUGGUAUUUUUGAAAAGAUUCUAUACGGCUACGCUGCGAUAGUUAUUCUUGUGUGGGGUGUGGCCACAGUGGGACAUGGUUGGUUUGCAUUCCUUACUCGUACCAUUCUUUUGGGUAUUGCUGCAUUCGCUGGCUACAUGUCUAUUGGUCUUGUGCAGAACAAGAUUACAGCCGAGUUUGAGCGUAUUCGUGCCCAUAUGCACAAGCAACGUGGUGAGCGUUUUGCACCCCCUUAUCCGGAGAGUGUGGAAUGGCUGAAUGCCGCAGUGGCAACGAUUUGGAAGCAAUUGAACCCCGAAAUGUUUACGGCAGCCCUGGACCAGGUGGAGGAUAUUAUGCAGUCCUCUUUACCUGGUGUUGUGAGCUCGGUGAAGAUCUCGGACUUUGGUAUGGGCUCCAACCCUUUGCGGUUCAUUGCCAUGCGUGCUUUGGCCGACUUGAUGACAGAUAAGGAGUACCCACGCGAUAUGUGGAUUGAGCGCAACGAAGACAAGGGUGAGGCCGCCGGCCCCUCCGUGGACCAAGUUGAGGAGAAGCUGGAUGACGAUAUGGGCGCCGAUGCCAGGCGUGCAGAGGCCGAGGACCUGGCUGGUGACUUUUUGAACAUGGAAGUAAGCUUUUGUUACUCGGCUUUGCCAGGCCAGUCUGGCAAGGAUCGAUCUAAGAACGUUCAUUUGCUGAUUGAAUUCUUCAUUGGUGCUUUUGACUGGCUUGAAAUUCCUUUGCCUGUGUGGGUACAAGUGGAACGCGUUGUGGGUACCGUCCGUCUCCGUGCGCAGAUUAUGAGCGAGCCACCAUUUUUGCGAAACUUGACGUUCUCGCUGAUGGGCGUGCCGAGUGUUAGUAUCAGUGCGAUCCCUAUGACUCGUAUCUUGCCGAAUGUGCUGGAUUUGCCUCUUAUCUCAAACUUCGUGCAAUCGUCGAUCGCCGCUGCUGCGAACAUGUAUGUGGCGCCGAAGAGCAUGACGAUGAACAUGAGGCAGAUGCUGAGUGGUGAUGGUAUCAAGAAGGACACGGAUGCCCUUGGUGUGCUGGUUGUUAACAUCCAUCAUGGUGAGGGUCUCAGCUCGCAAGAUUUGAAUGGCAAGUCGGACCCCUACUGUGUGCUCAGUUUCGCCAAGUUUGGUCGCCCUAUGUACUCGACUCGUAUUAUCUUUGAGGAUUUGAACCCGGUAUGGGAGGAGACAGCGUUCCUGCUGGUAUCACGUGAGGAUGUGCGGUCCGAUGAAAGUCUCUCGGUGCAGCUUUGGGACUCGGACAAGCGUUCAGCUGAUGAUAUUGUCGGUCGUGUUAACGUAACACUGCGUGAGCUCGUGCGCAAUCCCAACAAGAUUUUGCCGCGUUUGUCGGAUCUGAUGGGCUUCGAAGAUGCUGAUACGAUGGAGGGCCGACUCAACUGGAGUGUAGGCUUCUUCGAGAAGGCUAAUCUAAACACAAAGCUCCGUCAGAACCAGAAGGAUGAAAACGAGUCGGCUGCAGAGCAGACGGUAGACCGCAAACCAGCGCCCAUCGACUCGGAGCAGGAGGCUUUGGCUCUGGAUACGCCGCCGGAUCCGCAGUGGCCUAGUGGCAUUUUGAGUGUCAUUGUGAAGUUUGUUGCUGGGCUGGAGCGCCGCGAUGUGGAGAAGGGUGUCAAGGAAAAGGAUCGCGAGGGCGCAGCUGGUCAAGAUGUGGAAAUGGGCUCGUCGCAUUUGCCGAGCGGUUACUGUGAACUGAUUCUUAACGACAACAUGUUCUACAAGACGCGUGUGAAGCAGUACUCGAACAUGCCCUACUUCCAGGCUGGUACUGAGAUCUUUGUGCGUGACUGGACCAAGUCGGAGCUGCGUAUUAUUGUGCGUGACUCGCGUUUGCGUGAGCACGACCCGAUCAUGGGUAUUGUGGCGCUGCCGCUCAAGUCACUGUUUGAAAAGUCGUCGCAGGUUGAGCGCGCGUUUAGCCUGCAGGACGGUGUCGGUUACGGCAAGGUGUCGUGUGGCAUUGUGUUCCGCUCUGUGAAGUUGUCGCUGCCGCGGGAGCUGCGCGGCUUUAACACUGUAUCGAUCGACUUGCUAAGCAAUGUUGAAGUGCGCGGCAAGACGGAGGAGCUUACGCGCAAGCUGAACAGCAGCAAAGUGCACUUGAUUGCUGGACUGCAUGAAAAGAAGCUGGGUUCGUUGAAGAAGCAACCGAAUGUAGGUGAGAACGAGUCACUCAUCCGCAUGCCGGUGUAUGACCGAUACUCGACCAACCUUAUUUUCAGUUUCGGCCGCCACAUGAUCCCUGGCAACCUCGUGCCCGGUACAUCGAACCAUAUGGCUGUGGCGAUGCUCCCACUGCGUGAGCUGGAAGACGAGCAAGUAACGGAUAUUGAGCUCCCUAUCCUCACAGGUAACAACCUGCACGCGUUGGAACGCAACUUUAUCAACAAGCAGACUACCAAGACGCACGAAUUCGAGGAGAUUGGCUCCCUUUCCGUGCGUGUGCGUGUGAACCCAGGUUUGGAUGAAUCGCAUCGUGAGUGUCUGGAUGGCGCGCGUGAUCGUCAUGAAUUCGAGGUGUAUGAGCGUCUGGUGGGUCUGCCGCAACGCUCAGAAGAGAACUCGCAUGCGAACGAUGAUGGUGUAAUUACGCGUCAGGAACGCAAGGCGAUUGAGAAGCUUCAAACACAGCAGCUUCACAUGCGCCACCGUGGUGCGAUGGGCUAUACACCUGUCCGUACAGCCGUGUGGGCCAAGGACGGUCUCAAGUCGCAUCUUCGUCAGCUUGGCCACUCCAUGUUUGGUGGUAUGGGCAAGCGCGACCAACACGUGCAGUCAGAAACAUAA